CGGUCGGAAGCGGUCGUGUGUUAAACUAAACACGAAGCGAUGGUGGACAUGUCUGCCGCGGCUAGACGGUGAACGUUGGCAUCCGCGGCGCUGCAGCAGAGCAGCACAGGCCCGAGAAAGGCAGCCAGUCGUUCCCGAGGAUCUCCAGGCUCCAAGUGGAUACCUGCUGGUGAGACAUGGCCGAGGGAGGCUUCGACCCGUGCGAGUGCAUCUGCACUCAGGAAUACGCCAUGAGGCGCCUCAUCAACCUGCUCAGGCAAUCCCAGUCGUACUGUACAGACAUCGAGUGUCCUCAGGAGCUGCCAGGGCCCGGUGGGUCGGUGGGCGGAGGAGGUGACCUGACCCUGCCUAUGGUUCUGAUGGGGUGGGCUGUGGUGGUCCUGGUCCUGUUUCUGCUGCGCCCAUCCAGCCUCAGAGGAACCCGUCCUUCUGGCAAACCCUCUGGACCUCACAACAGUGAAAGAAGGGAGCCCCCUGCACCACCAGUGGACUAGCACCGAGUCAGACCUCCAGCUGCUCAGCCUGUUGGCUCGUACUGCGAGCAGGACAGCAGCAUCUUCCUCUCAGCCUUCAAUCAUUCAAUCACAUAUCUUUUUCUGCUCCUGGCUACAGUUUUUGUUUCUCGACCCUUGUUACUAAAACCUCGCUGAAUCAUUAAAUCCAGCACAUAUCCGUAACUGUAAUCAUGUUCUGUAGAGGUUAAAGAUAUUUGCACACAUAUAUUGGAAAAAAAUAUAAACAUUAUAUGCAGUUAUUCUAAUCCCUCUUUAGCUUUUUUUUUGGAUCAUCAUGAUGGAAAGCUGCAAUCGUCGUGCAUUUAAUGCGUAAUGAUUCAGGUUUAUGACUAACAGGUUAUCGAUAGCUGCAUGUGAUCCCAAUAACUGAUCGUCUGAACGUCUACCAGCAUUAGUACCGUUCUUGUCUUUACGAGCGAGGAUCGUUUGAUACUCUUUAAAUGUCAGUAUAUUGGUUAUUCACAAAGUCUUAAAUCAGGAUGUGAGUUGAAGUUCGAAGUUGGUCCCAGAUGCCAGCAGGCCCAUAAACACCAGCUCUGAAUGAAGGAAUGUGUUGCCUGAUUACAGCAGAGAUGCUGCAAAUUCCUCAUUGCGGGGGGGGGGUCGUUUUCCAGGCUUGCUCAGGCAGAAGUGGUGGAGAUUUUAUCAAGAUGUCACUAGAACAUUCCACUCUUCUAGGUUUAAAAUAGUAACUUUAAGCUGUGCCAGUACAGAUACAUCAGGAGUUUACGACGUCUGUAAUCAAUGCCUUUUCUCCAAUAAUUUGAACAGCUUAAAUGCUGAAUAAGGAUUUUCUUUUGUAGUGUUUCAAACUUGCAAAUUAUUUUUUUGUUUGUUUACAACCAUGCCUUUGAUCAGGUUCUUAAACUGUACCAACAAAUCUGUCUGGGUUAUUGAUUAUACUUUGUUUUCAGAAGUGCUGCCCCUUUAAAACAUGAACUAUUAUAGUAGCCAGACAAAAACUCAUGCUUUCCAUUGUGGCUUUGGUAUACGGAUUAAUUUCUCUAGAGAGUGAGAAUAAUCUAAAACAGUUUUUUUUUCUUUUUCUUUCCAUCUUCUGAAUUAUGCCAUUCCUUAUGUAGAAAGCUGAAUAUGUAUGGUUAAACGGUGCCAAUGUGAGUUUAUACAUCUGAAAUGAAUUUGAAGCACUUUUUCCAGUUUUGAUAUAUGAAGCUAUUUUGUGAGGUGGAAGCAGUGAAGGGUCUCGGCCUUCACUGCUUCCACCUCAGUAUUUAGUGACGCCUCAGAGUCUAUUUUAUGAAAUGUUGUUUUCCCUGUUUUACAUAAGCACACAUUUAAGCAAACACAAUAAGCCCAGAGCCACUACCUGUGCCAACAUAACCUGUAUCAGCUUUCUUUUCUCGAGCUUUACCAUCCUUUGUGGACAUCUUUGUAAUCUGGGCUUUGGGUUUCUGAAACUUUAUGCAUUAGCUUUAGGAUUGAAGGGUGUUCAGGUGCAAUACCCUUUUGGGUAUGUGGUUACUUAUUCAAUACCAUUUUGUUUCUUUAUUUGUUCUGAAGCUUUCCAGAGUAACUGUCAGGAUGGCAGGGAAGCGCUUUGUCAUAUUAACCAUGGGUCACGUAUACAGUGAGAAGACUGGCUUCAUCUCUGAGAACAUGAACUGACUGUUAUGCAUCAUAUGAGACCUCAGAUGACAAUGUUUCAUAGACUAAAGGGCUUCAACUAUGCACUUUUCCUACAAUAAAAAAAAUAAAGACUUAAA